CGAGCCAAGGAGUCUUAAAUCCACCGGAGGAUGAAAAAAACCAUGGUUUACCAACUGGAAGGUAAACUCUGUCAGACGUUACUGCAAUCUCUUAGCUAGACUACUGCAAUUAGCCUUACAUUAACCCAGGUGGCCACCAAUAUAGGCUAAUCUUAUCACUUCCAUUGUUCUCUUUUGAGGUCACUGGGCUUUUCUGAUGUCAACCUCAAGCUGGUCUCCAUUGGCUGACCACUGAAGAUCAAAAUAAAAGCCUAUUAAACAUCGGCCAAAUUCAAUGGAGAAGAUCAGAAUCCAGUUUAACACCCCAGAUGAGCAAUUGUGAAUAAAAUUGAAACCGCAGAGCUCGUUUCUAGGAUCGGAGGAUAGGAAACAUCAUGGUCCUUAACUUCCUGAGUUACCUGAAGCAUCUUUUUUUGAGCUGGCUUCAGAAAGACAACUGGUAAUAAUAAUAAUAAUAAUAAUAAUAACAACCUCUCAAUUUCCACUGUGGAUGCUUGCAAUCUCUCCAAGACAAGUCCUGGCUAUUUGGAGAAGACUUUGUUUCCAGAAAUAUAUGUCAUAUGUCCAUAAUGUGAGAAGCUGGUUUUGAAAAAGGAGAAUCCCUUUUGUGAUACCCAAGGAUCUAGAACCUAGACGGACACAACAUUCUGUUCUACUAGAGCUAGGAAAACAAUUGUUACAAAUUCAGUUCUUUGGAUUGAAGAUGUCUCAGUCCAGAAUAGCUGUCAUUAUUGACAAUGGCUCAGGACUUUGCAAAGCGGGCUUUUCUGGAGAAGAGGCCCCCAGGACCACGGUGGCUACAGUUGUUGGCUACCCCAAGACCCGCGCGGUCAUGUUUGGCCCAGUUCAGAGAAUGUGUUAUGUCGGUAGGGAAGCCCAAGCCAAGAGAGGUAUCUUAUCUUUUAAAUACCCAGUGGAACACGGAAUUGUGACCUCUUGGGAUGAUAUGGAGAAGAUCUGGAGAUACAUCUACAGGCAUGGACUUAGGGUAAGAGCCAGGGAGAGGCCGGUGUUGUUGACCGAAGCACCCAUGAACCCAGCAGCAAACAGAGAGAAGAUGACAGAGAUCAUGUUUGAGCAUUUCCAGGUGCCGGCCAUGUUUGUAGGCCUUCAAGCUCUGAUGGCCUUGUACGCUUCUGCCCGUACAACAGGUUUGGUUUUAGAUAGCGGCGCUGGGGUCACUUUGACCGUCCCCAUCUACAAAGGCCACUGCUUGCUACAUGCCAUCUCCAGGGUGAAUUUCGCCGGGCGCGACAUCACCCGAUAUCUGGCAACGCUUCUGUUGGAGAGCGGGCACAACUUCUUGAGUUCUGCAGAGAAGGAGAUUGUGAAGAACAUCAAGGAGAAUCUGUGCUACGUGGCUCUGGAUUCGAGUCAGCAGAAGGACAAAGGGCCUGUUCGCGAAUACACACUUCCUGAUGGCACACCUGUGGAGAUUGGGGAUCAGCUUUUCCGAGCUCCGGAAUCCCUGUUUAAUCCAGCGGAUGCUGGAGUCACGGCACCGGGGAUUCACCAGAUGAUGGCCGAGAGCAUCUCCAAAUGUGAUGGCAGCAUCCACCAGGACCUCUGGAGAAGCCUCAUCAUAGCUGGAGGAUCGACCCUCUUUCCGGGCCUUAGUGAACGUCUCCUCAAAGAGCUACGAAGCCUGGGCCCUCACGGCCUGCCGACCAAGCUGGAAGCCCCAGCCGACCGGAUCCAUUCUGUCUGGAUUGGCGCAUCGGUGCUCACCAGCUUGCCUUCUUUUAAGAACAUGUGGGUCACACAGCAAGAAUACAGAGAGGUUGGCUCUACCGUGCUGCAGAAGAAAUGCUUCUGAGAAGAAUAAAUGGGCCAAUUAUAAAGGCCCCCACCCUCCGAAAAAAUUGAUUGGAGAUGCUGGCAAGGGGCUAGUAAAUCUUU